AUGGUGGACGGACUUACGAAGUUCACAAUUCUCGAAGCAGUAGCGUCAACGAACACGGCAGGAGUUACCAAGUUCUUGUCGAAAUUCUUCAUGGGGUAUGGUAAGCCAUCGAAGAUUGUUUCGGACCGAGGAACGGCGUACACGUCGAAGGCAUUCGAAGGAUUUCUGAGGGAGAACGGGAUACAACAUAUCCUGAUAAGUACGCAACACCCACAAGCGAAUGGGCAAGUAGAGAGGGCGAAUAAGGAGGUCGUCAGAUUAUUGAAAACCAUGUGUAAAUUGGCGGAUCACAGAGAUUGGGCAAA